AUGAGUUUCACUUUAUGUUCAACAUCAACUUCAUUUAUUAAUAAAAAUGAACGUUUAAAACGAAAACGUCUAACAACAACAACAUUAAAUCGAUUCUCAUCAUUUAACGAAAAUAAAUCAUCAUCAGUUGAUAAUCGUCGUCGAUUAUUUCAAUCAACACCAAAUUUAAUUGAAUUACUUGAAGAAGACGAAGACGAUAUUGACGAUAAUCAAGGAUUAUGUCACGAAUGUAAUAUAUGUUCAAAAUUAUUUGCUAGUGAAUACGGUUUUAAUCAUCAUAUUAAUAUGUAUCAUCCAAAUCAAUCAGUAUUAUGUUCACAUUGUCAAAUAACAUUUCGUUCACAUCGUUCACUUAAAACUCAUCAACAACGACCUUUUUCAUCAGAACAAUUUCCAUUAAUUGCAAAAAAUGCAUGUGAACAACAACGUUUACCAUUAGGUUAUUUAUCAUCAAAAAUAUAUCAAUGUCAUUUAUGUUUAAUAUCAUUUCCAUGUUCACGUACAUUAAAAUAUCAUUUAUUAAAUAAACAUGAACAAUAUGAAUAUAAAAAUUGUCAAAAAAUUCUCUCAGAUUUAAUUUUACAAGUUGAAUUUAAUUUACGAACAGUAAAUAAUAAUAAUAGUGAUGAUGAUAUUGAAACAAUAAAAUUUAUUUUAUCUAAACAAGCAUCACAAUUUGGUCUUAUUGAUAAACAAUUAUCUAAAAAAUUACGUUCAAUUAAAAUUGAACAAAAUCGUUUUAUUUAUUCUAAAUGUCAACAUAUAAAUCGUACAUGUGCUAAUUUAUGUUUAGAAAAUGUUUCAUCAUAUAGUAAACUUAUAGAAAAUUAUUCAUUUACAAUUCCAAUAUUACCUAAAGGAAAUGCAUUUAGUCAAGGUUCAAUUGUAUCAAUAAUAUCAUCAACAAAUAAUAUUUAUUCAAAUGAUUUAUUAUCUACAAAUGAUUUAAAUUCAUCAAAUGAUUUAUUAAAUACACGUCAAAAACGUAAAAAUAUUAAACAUACAAAUAAUUCAAUAUCAUCAUCACCAGUAAAGAAAAAAAUACUUUCAAAUGUAACAAUAAUAAAUUCAAAAACAAAUCGAAUUAAUUCAAAUAAUAAAUUAAAUAUUAAACAACAAAUUGAACAAAUAACAAAAACAAAUGAAAUAAAAUCUUUUCCACUUGAACAAUCUUCAUUUACUUUAGCUAUUACACCGGUAUCAAGUUCACCGAGAAAAAUAUUACCAAAAGAUAAUUAUAUGCGUUCAUUAUCAUCCAUGUCAAGUAAUUCAUCAACAUCAACUCGUUCAUUAACAACAAAAUCAUCUUCAUCAUCAAUAAAUUUAACUCAACAACCAACAAUAUCUUCACAACGUACAUCAAAACGUAAUCUAUCGCCAUCAGUAACUAUUUCCUUAGAAAAACGUCAUCAAACACGUAAACAAAAACAAAUUAUUGCAUCAUCAUCAACAUCAUCUACUGCAAUUAUAAGAAUUGAUGAUGGU